GCAGCAAGAAGAGUUUAGUAGCUCGGGCGGGAGCUUAUGAGCGGCUAUCAUCUGCUGCGUAGGUGCAAAAGCCGGAGCAGAGCGCCACCGAGCGACCGCGGCGGGCUGCUCUUAGUUGACUGCCGAUGCCGGACCGGAACGGAGGACCAAGUCAAAGUCGGUCGGGAAACGCAGCGUAAAAUUGGCUUGCUAGUGACGACGGAGAACGGAACGAAACGAGUGGGGUGCUGUGUUGUGACCAAAAGCCGUUGUUGCGUUGUGAUAUCGUUUGGGGAACAAAGGUGCGCGUGCUAAAGUGUCAUCAAACGGCUGCGACGAUGUCGCAUAAUUCGGUACGCAUCGACAUGUUCGCCGAAGAGCAGCAGUUGAGCGUUGACCAGUGUAGAGAAUUGGCGAAAAUUCAGCAAUAAAAAGAAAAGAAAGUGAGGUGAGAUACCAAAAAAAAAAAAAGAUACAAAUGUGCGUUAGAUUAGAGAACAAGAACCAGUAUUCUUGUACUUGAGUAUCUUGAUAGAGCAAUCAACGACAAAGAAGAGUAAGUCGGAAGCUAACAACAGCCAGCGGUGCAGCGCGUAGUUAAGCGCGGUUGACAAUUUUUAUGAUAGGAAGUGAUUAAUUGCCCUGUCAAGAAGAAACAAUGUGAAUGCGAAUACUUGCAAAUAUUGCAGCAGAAGUGGGUGAUUGCGCGCAUCGGGAAGUAGCAAAACUGAAGGCAAGCGGUUAGUGAUCCAGCCUCAGCAAAAUUCACAAUUUAUCAAGAUCUAACGAAAAGGUGGAUGAGCUCGUUCAAAGGAACCCACUCCAUUCUAGUGGUGCUCUAGAUUCAGACCUACACCAACCAACAAACCGCACUCGUCACGAUAAUCUAGACCAAAACAUAGUCGUCAUCGUGCCACGGAAGCAAGGACAUUAAAUAUCCACCCCCGAAAACAAAAUCGUAGAUUCAGGUCACAAAGCACCCCUCCGACCAAAAGCUCACACAGAAGCAGCUCACUCUUGUCGGUAGGUGCGAAGCCAAGAAGCACUUGAAAGGGCGUAAAAGUGGCGAUCUGAUUUACACAACAGCACAACCCGCCCGCCACCGGAAUAUGGCGACUAUUAAGAAUGAAAAUACACAAAUAAGUGAUAAUGGUGGUCCAAAGACGAAUGCGACGACGACGCCGACAGGGACGAUGACGACGUCGUCGGUGGCCGCCGCCGCAGCAGCACUAAUACAUCCACUAGCACCGAUGGCGACCGCGAUGACGAUGGCCACGGCCGCCGCCGUUCCUCUCGAGGUGCGAGACGAGACGUCCCAAAACGAAAAAUCAGUUCACACUCAGCCAUCGCAGCCGUCGAAGCGACAACCGGGAUUACGCGCGUGGUUCCGCAAAUCGAACACUUGUGGCAGUUUGUACGUGAAGUGUAGCUGUAGUAACGGGGUCCCAACUGGUGGAUCGCCUCAAGCCGGCACAGGAGCGGACGGGGCGGCCAAGGGCACCGAAGAGGGCAGCCAGAGGCACAGUCAUCAUCACAGCACUAGGCCCAUUUCGACCUCGGAGAAGGACUUCCGGAAGAUUAAGGUUUUGCACGCGUUUGCCCAUCCGGACACGCCAACCGUGUUCACCGAUCAGAACAAGUACGCCAACAAUUUGAGCGAGUCACCAACGCGAGCCUUGAUCACUUCGGCGCAAUCCGGAGAAUUCGAAAUUCUUCACUCGACACAUUCCAAGCGGUUGUCGACGCCGAACUUCAAGGCCGAUUACGCUUUCCAUCCGGAGUUUGUGCUCAAGAAGCUCAGUCCUAGAAUCAACGGGCUUAGCCAGGAGGGGAAGACACCCUCCAUUAGCAUUCCAUCACCGAGAAGGCCACUUCUGAAGAAAAGCUCCAGGAGCUACCCGGGGUUGUCCCCUUCCGGAAGUAGCGUAGACUCGCUCGGACGAUCUUUAGUGCACAACCAUUCCGCAUCUUCCAGCGUAGACGAAUUUACCGAAGAGGAAGAGCAAGGAAUCCGCCGAAGUAGUGAAGAGUUCACCAGUUCACAGGACUCCUACAUAUCGUUUAGUGCAAAUACAGAACCCCAAAGGGACUCCUUUAGCAAUAUCAAUAUUCAAAAACUUUCGCUCAAAUAUGCAGGCAUCAAGGCCGUUAGUGAUCAGGAGGUCCCAGAGCAUUCUCUGACGAAGCAACAAGAAGAGACCACCAGUGAAAGUGACGUUCAGUUGGAGGAUAUCAGUAUCCGAAAGGACACCAUCGUCCAAUGCUGCAGUGAUAGUGCAUGUGAUAGUGACAAUUCUAGCAAUAAUACCUGCAAUAGCUCCGACAGCAGUCCGAAAAGCCCACCAUCCUUGCUACAGCACUUUGGCCGGGUACUAAGUUCCCCAACUCCGGGUUCACCAAUCGCAUCGACCCCGCCAUCGGCCUUACCCCGUUCGGCGCAGGAAUUCUUCAUCCAGUCGGGCAUCCUCGGACCAAUGGGCAAUGGAUCGUCGGUGCUCAUGCGAAAGACCUCCAAGAUCGUCCCGAACGUGGACGGACCGGUCAAGGAGCGAAUUCGCAAAAACUCCAAACUGCUGUUCGGCAAACGGACCAUCAUCCCGCUGAGCAACGGGGACCGUCGGAAGUCGAUCCCACCGGAACACAACUGUGAUAGCUUCCAAUCGUACGGAAGCACCCCCACGCUGGGCAGUGGCACCAAGAGCAAAACGCUCGAGGACGAAAUCCACUACCUGCGGCAGCAGCUGAAGGCCCGCGACGAGGAGAUCAGCAAGCUGAAACGGGAGAUUGACAAACUGAAGAGUGUACUCCAGCAGACGACAACGAGCAGCUUGGAGCGGUCACAGAAUGCAGGAGGCACGGUGGCGCCAAUGCCCAGUCCCAAGGCACUCCAAGCGGUCGAGGGCGACCUACUGUCCAGUAUUCAGACGAACUACGUUAUGGCCGGACAGCAGCUGCCCAUGUCCGAACUGUACGGGAUCACGGGCAAGGGCUUCAAGUUGGCCCACUCGAGUCAGCUGGCCGGGAACGGGGCCAACGAUGGUUCCUUCCGGCAGAACAAAGGAGCCACACUGAUGGCCAUGAAAAAGCAGGGCGUUUCCGGCGAAAGCUGCGAGCUGACGGGCAGCCACUCGGACAUCAAGAUUCCGAAGUACGAGAAGGAUUACAGCGCGAAGCAGCUCAUCAAGGAUGCCAUACUGGAGAACGACUUCUUCAAGAACAUCGACUCGCUGCAGAUCCGCGAAAUCGUCGACUCGAUGUACAGUCGCGAGUUUCGCUCCGGAGAGUACGUGAUCCACGAGGGCCAGGCCGGAUCCCACCUGUACGUGUCGGCGGCCGGCGAGUUCGAGGUGCUCAAGGACGGCAAGUUCCUCGGGCUGAUGGGCCCCGGGAAGGCAUUCGGCGAACUGGCCAUUCUGUACAACUGCACCCGCACGGCAUCGAUCCGAGUGUUGAGUGACUCGCGAGUGUGGGUGUUGGACCGGCGGGUCUUCCAGCAGAUAAUGAUGCGGACCGGGCUGCAAAGGAUAGAGGAAAACGUCAACUUCCUGCGGUCGGUGCCACUGCUGAAGAAUCUGAGUAAUGACGUACUUACCAAGAUUGCUGACGUACUGGAAGUGGAAUUCUACCCAGCGGGAGCAUACAUAAUACGCCAAGGAGCUGCCGGCGAUUCGUUCUUCCUCAUUAGUCAAGGAACAGUGAAAGUGACUCAGCGUCUACCAGGAUGUUCCGUCGAGGAGGAGAUCCGCAUCCUGGGCCGCGGGGAGUACUUCGGCGAGAAAGCCCUCAUCAAGGAGGACAAACGGACGGCCAACAUCAUCGCAAUGUCACCGGGUGUGGAGUGCCUCACGCUGGACCGGGAGUCCUUUAGCAAGCAUAUCGGCGAUUUGUGCGAGUUGCACGAGAAGGACUACGGGGACGAGCAGCGGGUGCUGGCAUUCCGCAAUCUGGAGAAUAAUAACCUGCCGUCGUCGCUGGAUCAGGUCAAACCAGAACUGAUGGACGUCGAGUUGAUGGAUCUGAACGUUGUUGGCACCCUCGGAGUGGGUGGCUUCGGACGGGUAGAGCUAGUCAAACUGGAGCGGAACGGAGUGGUUCAGGUGUUCGCCCUCAAGUGCAUGAAGAAGAAACACAUCGUGGACACCAAACAGCAGGAGCACGUUUACAGCGAGCGGAAAAUUAUGCUUUCUUGCCACAGUCCGUUCAUCACGCGGUUGUAUCGGACCUAUCGCGAUGACAAAUUUGUGUACAUGCUGCUGGAGGCUUGCCUCGGUGGAGAGGUUUGGACGAUUCUGCGCGAUCGGUCGUAUUUUGAGGAUUCGACCGCCAAGUUCAUCGUCGGGUGUGUGCUGAAGGCUUUUGAGUUUCUACACGCACGGGGGAUCGUGUAUCGAGAUCUGAAACCGGAGAAUUUGCUGCUGGAUUCGAGGGGAUACGUAAAACUAGUGGAUUUCGGCUUCGCAAAAUUCAUCGGAUAUAGCAGUAAAACGUGGACAUUCUGCGGGACGCCAGAGUACGUAGCUCCGGAGAUUGUGCUGAACAAGGGUCACGAUCGUUCAGUGGACUACUGGGCGCUCGGAGUACUGAUUCACGAACUGCUGACAGGAAUACCUCCGUUCGCUGCGGCUGACCCCAUGAAAACGUACAACAUCAUCCUGAAGGGCAUCGACAUGGUCAACUUCCCGAAGCACAUGUCCCGCGCGGCCGUCAGUCUGAUCAAACGGCUCUGCCGGGAUAUUCCCACGGAGCGGUUGGGCUACCAGCGGGGAGGCAUCCAGGAUAUAAAGAAGCACAAAUGGUUCCAGGGUUUCGACUGGGAAGGCCUCGCCAACCAGACGCUCAAAUCGCCGCUGCAACCGAAACUGAAGGGACCCCUGGACAUGUCCAACUUUGACGUGUUCCCCGCGGAUACGCACGUCCCACCGGACGAGGUUUCCGGCUGGGACGAAGGAUUCUAAGCUGAUAGGCUUAUAGGUAGUGAUGAGAGCAAACACGAAGAGCAAUAUCUGUGUGGAUACAAAGUGGUGCGAUGCGCAUCACCACCACCACAACCGUAAAUGAUGAGCUUUACCCAAAACAGAAACAUAAAAAAAAAUCAAAGUUUAGAGUCAUUAAGAGUAACUUUGUAGGAACCUCAAGGCCUUAGAUUACGCAUAGGAGCUUAUAUUUAAUUUCUCAUGUUGUUUGUAGAACUGCACACGAUUUAUAUGCCCCUCUUAAUAAAAAUGGUGGAGUUGAGUAUUGUGACGAGCUUUA